AUGGUGCAACUGGAGAGGGGCAUCUGGGCAUUUGGCCUCCUGGCUCAGCAGACCUGGACUGCCAGGACUCCUGCGCUGCAGGCGCUGCAGGCAGGGUCAGAUCGGGGAAGGCGAGUCCGGCCCCGCAGGGUCCAGCCGACGAAGCCCCGCCCACAAAAGGGUGUUAGCGGUGACCGACCACGCCCCUCCCCAAGCCUCCACACAAAGCGCUGGUCGGUGGGCGUGGCCUACAUCCCAUGGGGGCGUGCCCACAUUGCGUCCUUACUACCCCGCCCCUCCGCGUGCCGCCGCCUCACAAAGCCGGGCGGGGCAGGGUGGGCGGAGCCUCCCCUCGGAUGGGGCGUGGCGCGGCGUGACGACGUCACAUCCGCUUCCCAACCCGGCGAGCUCCGCCCCGCCCCGCGGAGUCGCCGCACCGGGCCGGCCUGGGGGCGGGGUCUAGGCGGGAGGGGCGGGGUUUCGAACCGGAAAGGGGCGUGGUCUCCGCUCAGGGCCGCCGCCUUCGCCACCUCACAAAGCGGCGACGGUUCCGCCGGGGGCGGAGCUCCGCGUGGGCCACGCCCCUCUUCCGCGCAGUCCCCGCCCUUCCCUCCCCGCGCCGGGGCGGCCGGCAGAGGGCGCGGCGUGGCUGCGCGUGGCCGGCAGGGGGCGCUGCGCGGCUCGGCCUCGCUCGGCGGCGGCGGCGGCGGCGGCGGCGGCCUGGGCCCGGGCGCGGUGGUGGCGGCGGCGGCGGCGGCGGCGGGGCCUGGAGCCGGCGGAUCUAAGAUGGCAGCGGCGGCGGCGGCGGCGGCAGCGGGCCCGGGCGCGGGCAGCGCGGGCGCGGGCGUGCCGGUGGGCCCGGUGGGCACGGGGCCCUGCUCGGCCGUGUCGGUGUUCCCCGGCGCCCGGCUGCUCACCAUCGGCGACGCGAACGGCGAGAUCCAGCGGCACGCGGAGCAGCAGGCGCUGCGCCUGGAGGUGCGCGCCGGGCCCGACGCGGCGGGCAUCGCCCUCUACAGCCAUGAGGAUGUUUGUGUAUUCAAGUGCUCGGUGUCUCGAGAGACGGAGUGCAGCCGCGUGGGCAAGCAGUCCUUCAUCAUCACUCUGGGCUGUAAUAGUGUCCUCAUCCAGUUCGCCACCCCCAACGAUUUCUGUUCCUUCUACAACAUCCUGAAGACAUGUCGGGGUCACACGCUGGAGCGCUCCGUGUUCAGCGAGCGUACAGAGGAGUCCUCGGCCGUACAGUAUUUCCAAUUCUACGGCUACUUGUCCCAGCAGCAGAACAUGAUGCAGGACUACGUUCGCACCGGCACCUACCAGCGUGCCAUCCUGCAGAACCACAGCGACUUCAAGGACAAGAUCGUCCUGGACGUGGGCUGUGGCUCGGGGAUCCUGUCAUUCUUCGCUGCCCAGGCUGGGGCCAGGAAGAUCUACGCGGUGGAGGCCAGCACCAUGGCACAGCACGCUGAGGUGCUGGUCAAGAGCAACAACCUGACGGACCGCAUCGUGGUGAUCCCCGGGAAGGUGGAAGAGGUGGCGCUUCCCGAGCAGGUGGACGUCAUCAUCUCGGAGCCCAUGGGCUACAUGCUCUUCAACGAGCGCAUGCUGGAGAGCUACCUGCACGCCAAGAAGUACCUGAAGCCCAGCGGAAACAUGUUCCCUACCAUUGGCGACGUCCACCUGGCGCCCUUUACAGACGAACAGCUGUACAUGGAGCAGUUCACCAAAGCCAACUUCUGGUACCAGCCCUCCUUCCACGGGGUGGACCUGUCGGCCCUCCGAGGCGCUGCGGUGGACGAGUAUUUCCGGCAGCCUGUGGUGGACACAUUUGACAUCCGGAUCCUGAUGGCCAAGUCCGUCAAGUACACGGUGAACUUCCUGGAGGCCAAAGAAGGGGAUUUGCACAGGAUAGAAAUCCCGUUCAAGUUUCACAUGCUGCAUUCGGGGCUGGUACACGGGCUGGCCUUCUGGUUUGACGUGGCUUUCAUCGGCUCCAUCAUGACCGUGUGGCUGUCCACGGCACCCACCGAGCCGCUGACCCACUGGUACCAGGUGCGCUGCCUCUUCCAGUCGCCCCUGUUCGCCAAGGCCGGGGACACACUCUCAGGGACUUGUCUGCUGAUUGCCAAUAAGAGACAGAGCUACGACAUCAGUAUUGUGGCCCAGGUGGACCAGACGGGCUCCAAGUCCAGCAACCUCCUGGAUCUGAAGAACCCCUUCUUCAGAUACACGGGCACCACGCCCUCGCCGCCGCCCGGCUCCCACUACACGUCGCCGUCUGAGAACAUGUGGAACACGGGCACCACCUACAACCUCAGCAGCGGCAUGGCCGUGCCAGCGCCCCCGCUGGGCACCGGAAUGCCCACGGCCUACGACCUGAGCAGUGUUAUCGCGGGGGGCUCUGGCGUGGGCCACAAUAAUCUCAUCCCUCUAGCCAACACGGGGAUCGUGAACCACACGCACUCUCGGAUGGGCUCCAUCAUGAGCACGGGCAUUGUGCAAGGCUCCUCGGGUGCUCAGGGCGGCGGCAGCGGUGGCUCCAGCACGCACUAUGCCCUCAACAGCCAGUUCACCAUGGGCGGCCCCGCCAUCUCCAUGGCCUCGCCUCUCUCCAUCCCCACCAACACCAUGCACUACGGCAGCUAGGCCCGGCACCCCGGGUCUGGACACGCCCCAACACCGGUCAGCGCCCUCUUUGCUACGGGAACUCGGACACUUUUUUACACGACGUGGCCGCCACCCCCUCAACCGUCCGGCCCCCCACCCCACACACCUCCCCGGCCCCCCAGAUCCCCAUUCCACCUUUCGGCCCCAGACCGUGUCGUGGCCCCACCCCGGGUUUGACAGCUGUGACAGGCGUCCCACCCCACCCCUUCACCCAGCUCCCCCGGGGGCCUUGGUCCCCACGGGCGCGAUGUGCUGCUUUUUUUAAUUUUAUUUUUUUACGACAAAGAACCAGUGUCAAUCCACAGACCCUCAGAGAAAACCCGGCCGGCCGGGCCGAGCCGAGCCAAGCCAGCAGUGUCUCCCCACCGCCCCCACCAGAGGCUCUGCGGGGAACGGGGGUGGUGCCCUGCUGAGCCGGGGGUGGGGCCUCUGGAGCCCCCCGGGCCCCCGCCCACCAAAGGGUUCACCUCACACUUGAAUGUACAACCGCCCAGCUGUCGGGAAGUGCCCGGCCUGCCUCUGAGCCCCGCAGGUCCCCGUGAGCUAGACCAGGGCCGGCCCAAACCUCAAAGACGCGGCCUGGAAGGCGCCCCCCUUCCCCUCCUCUGCACCCCCGCCGGAAGGGGCCUGGCGGACACCCCAGUCCCCAUCCCCAUAAACAAGGAAAUGUACGUUUCAGCACAGGCAAUUUUCUUCUGCUCUCCCCUACCUGCCCCCUGUUUUUAACUCCCGAAUCCAGAGGUGGUGGAGCUCGGGCGCUAGGGCGGACUCCCCGCUCCUCCACCUGCCAGGUGUGUGGCCCAGAGCUCCGCUGCCUUAGUCCCCCCCUUUCAGUCCAGCCUUUAUACAAAGUCUCGGAAUCACCUUUGCAUAGAAAAUAAAAGUGUUUGCUUUGUAAGAA